UUGAGGACCUGGCGGCUGGUUUCCGGUGCAGUGGACCGGUGCGUGUUAACUUGACGCAGCGGCGGAGUCCAAUGGAAGAGUCGGUCGCAUCCCGGAGGAAACAAUCGAGACAGACUCGGUCCGGAACCAGGAGCUGGAUUCUGGAGCUCAGCUCGUAGCCCGGCUCGGUUCUCUCCCGCUGGAUCAGCGCUCCUCUCCGCGGCGCCGCUCCCCCGCCGACCCGCCCGUGACGCCGCCUGCUCGGCCUUGUUUAUACUGUGCGGAGCGGCUGGACGCAGGCGCGCAGGCCCGGUCCUGUGCCUCGGCUCCGGAGAGUGUCCGCUGCGGAUCGGCCCUUUAGCUCCCCAAAGAAUAUGACCCAGAUGCAACAAUGACGUCCAGAUUUGGUAAAACCUACAGCCGCAAGGGAGGAGAGGGCACGUCCAAGUUCGACGAGGUUCUGUCCACCAAGAGAGGCACCCUCAGCACCAAAUGGGGUGACACCACCUACAAGGCCAAAGUGGGCUCCAAGCGCGCCGGUGCCACCAAGAACGACUCGGUUCUGGAGGUGUACAAGAGGCCUCGUCCGAGUGGAGAUGGCUUUGAAGACCCGUUCGGGUUCGACAGCGACGACGAGUCCAAGCCGGUGUCGUCUCGCAGCGGCAGCAAGGCGUCACCCGCCAAGCCGGCCUCAGCGGAGCCGCCCCAGGCAGAAAGGCCGGGCCUCUCGCUGGACACGGGGAGCAGGUCCAGUCUGCACGGAGCCUCCCACACCUUGGCAUCUGCUCGAGGUGCAUCGUGGCUGUCCGGGGACCGGAACCAGCCGAGGGUGGUGGAGGACACGGCUCGCUUCUUCAACAGCAGCAGCGCUAUCAUAGGAAAGUCCCAGCAGAGUUCCUUAUCAUUACUGGAGAACCAGCACAGCUACUCAUGGUACCAAAAUGCUUCUGAGAGUGACAAGAAGCCCCUGGCACAGACCACCACCCUGAAGACGGGCUCCAAGGCAGAGGCCUCCUAUAACUCUUGGGAUGCCAUCAUGGGUCUCCGUCCACCCUCACCUUGCCAGGAACCUCGUAACCCCGCCCCCACGCUCUCCUGGGUGUCAGCAGGUGUCACCAUGGGCGGCUGUGACCUGGGCCCGCCCCGACGCGAGAAGCCCCCGUCUCCACCACGUCUUCAGAGUUCCAUUGAGAGCGAGGACCUCGGGGGGGACUCUGACUUCCUCGUGGAGACGUCGGACUACUCCCAGACAUCCUCCUCCUCAUCACUUGUAAGAAACUCUAACUGUCGGACUUACAGGAGGCCGAACAAACAGGGCAAAGCGCAGGACUCCAGCGCCUUAGCUAGCACUGUUUUUGGUGCAGAUGUUUCCAAACCCUCCUCUGACGGCAGUAAUAAGACAGCAGGUAGUGGGAGAGGACGGGGCCGGUCAAGGGACUACACAGUGCUGCCCCCCUCCUCCAUAUCAAUGUGUAACGUCACCAUCCAGGACAGAGUGGUGGAGGAGUUUAGCAGCGACGCAGCGCCCUCUAGUGGCAGCAGUGGUGCCGGGUCGGGCAGCACGACGGAGCUGGGAGACGCGGGAUGGCAGCGGAAGAAGAUGGAAGAACAAAACUCAAGGAUCAGGCCGACCCAGCCCAAGACAAAGAAGGACAGUAAGCUGGAGCUGUUUGGUUUUGAAGACGCAGACACGCAUCCGGAGAACAGCUCAGACAACACAGAAGGCAGCUCCAACUACAAAAUCAAAUACUUUGGCUUUGACGACAUGAGCAACAGCGAUGGCUCUGACGAAGACGACGUUGCUUUCAAAGCAAUGAGGAGGGCCAAGAAGGCUGCCAUGGCAACCGCUAUGGAUACCGCUAUGGACACCGCUGAGGAUAAUGCUGUGGAUACCUUGGAAGAAACACCGACGGAGGAGCCGCCCGAUCCCUUCGAGAGGCUGGAGAGUUAUGAAAGACCGGUAGCCAAGGAGUACAAGAAGCACCCAGAGAGGCAGGAAAGCCGGAUACGAGCAGAAAUCUUGGACUUCUCGGAGGAAGGCCUCAGGGUGGUGGCGGGCCCUCCCCGGAGGCUGCCCCGGGGCAAACCAGCUGAGAAGAACCCCGACAGCUUACGGAGGAUCUUCAGCGCUCACAAGAAGUCUCCCACCAAAGCUGUGUACAACGCCAGACAUUGGGCGGUGGAGAGUGAAGAGGAGCCCCCCGCAUCUUUCGUUGCAAAGUCCCAGACAGCUCCUGCCACAGUCUCAGCUGGAGGAACCAGUAAGGGGCCCUCUGACGCUCAGAAGGACGAUGGCGUUUUCAAGACUCCUCCUCCUCCUCCCAAGGUCACGAAGUUUGUGACCCUCCCCACGGAUCUCUACCAGGACACUAUCACCACACUCAAAUGCCGCAAAGAGCACAAGGAGUUGUACACAGUCGUCCAGCAUGUGAAGCACUUCAAUGACGUGGUGGAGUUUGGAGAGAAUCAGGAGUUUACUGACGACUUUGAGUAUCUGGCCACUGGUCUGAAGAGCGGACAACCUCUCAACACACGAUGCCUUAGUGUGAUCAGCCUGGCCACCCGCUGCGCCAUGCCCAGCUUCAGGAUGCACCUUCGGGCCAGAGGGAAGGUGGCUCAGGUCUUCAAAACCCUGAACGACGCCCCACAGCACCCGAAUCUUGCUCUGUGCACAGCGUCUCUCAUGUACAUCCUGAGUAGAGACCGGCUGAACAUGGAUCUGGACCGGUCCUGUCUGGACCUGAUGAUCCGGCUGCUGGAGCUCGACCUAGACCAGGCGGGGGGGGCAGUGUUGGACUCCACUGCUCAGUUCAGCGCCAGGGAAAUCGCCAAGAUGAAGGAGAAGAUCAGGAAGCUCUGUGACACGGUGCACAACAAGCACUUGGACCUGCAGAACAUAACGACCGGUCAUUUAGCCAUGGAGACGUUACUGUCCCUGACGUCCAAGCGAGCAGGAGACUGGUUCAAAGAGGAACUCCGGUUACUGGGAGGACUGGACCACAUCGUAGAUAAAGUGAAAGAGUGUGUUAAUAACUUGAACCAGGAGGAGGAGGAGAAGAAGCUGGUGUCGUCUCUGUGGGGAGCCGAGAGGUGUUUACGGGUCCUGGAGAGUGUCACGGUUCACAACCCGGAGAACCAGAGCUACUUGAUUGCCUAUAAAGACUCCUCGCUCAUCGCCUCUUCUGCUAAGGGUUUGGGCAGGUGUGAGGUGAUGAUCCAGCGUUACAGCAGGGAGGUGAACUCCGAUGGAGCCGUGGUGGGGAAAGCAGUAGAGAACUGUAUGAGGGCCAUCAUAGGAGUCCUGCUCAACCUGACGCACGACAACGAGUGGGGCAGUACAAAGACAGGAGAACAGGAGGAUCUAAUCGUCACAGCUCUGAACUGCGUUCUCAGAGCUCCUCAGUAUAUUCCACAAGAGCAGAGGUUCGACAUCCGUGUUCUGGGUCUGGGCUUGUUAAUCAAUCUGGUGGAGUACAGUGCCAGGAACAGGUACUGUCUGAUGGAGAUGGAGAUGGAGGGAGGUCAGGGUCCCUGUGACUCCACCGUCCUGCUCAACCCUCAGCACCAGGACCUCACCAGCAGCGGCCCGCUGAGCGCCAUCGCUGCACUCGUACAGCUGUUCCUCCAGCGGGAGCAGGCCGCUAUCCUGGCCGAGGCGCAGACUGAUGACCUCAUCAAGGAGGCGCCGAAGCCUGCGCUGGACAAGAGUGGGGAGUGGCAGGAAACGGGCGGGGAGAUUCAGUGGGUUGCCAACGACAACCAGACCGACAAACCAGAAGAAACCAAGGACAAGAAGAGUGAAGAGGAGGACGAAGAGCUGGACCUCAACAAAGCUCUGCAGCACGCAGGGAAGCACAUGGAGGACAGCAUCGUGGCCUCCUACACAGCACUGCUGCUGGGCUGUCUGUGCCAGGGGAGCCCGUUGAAUGUUACUACUGUGAGAGAGAACCUGCCCAAAGGAGAUUUCUCCAUCAUGACAGAAAUGCUGAAAAAGUUCCUCAACUUCAUGAACCUCACAUGUGACGUCGGCACCACAGGACAGAAGUCCAUCUCCCGGGUCAUUGACUAUCUGGAGAACUGCUAGAGAGAAGCCUGUCUCACACACACUCACACACUGACACACACACAGACACACACACAAUGACCAUCACCAUCAUCUUUCUCUGCUGGAAACGGGAGCGUUGGUUUUCUUAUUUCUUUUUACACACGUUCCUCAUCACUUCUCUGUGUUGUCACCAGACGUUCUCCUCAUCCUCCAGUUAAAAGAACUUUGUACUGUUUUAGUUCCUGACUUAACGUCACCUGACCAUUUGUUACGACCUCGCCCACUCACCCUCAUCCUUUUGUUUUACACACAUUUCAUUUGCUUUUCACCCGUUUUCUAUUUGUAAAAGUUGCUCAGAAGGUUGUGUUUUUUUUCCUUCGUGUUUUUGCUCUUGAUGAAUUUCCUCAGUUCCUCUCCCUCCCUCCCUCUCCUCCCUCCUCCGACCGAUGACCGAUCGGAGACCAUCUGUCAUUCCUCUCGCCUCUCGCCCCCGAGCUCUGCUUCUGGAGCCGAUAAUCGCCAAAACAACUCAAGUAGUUAAAAAAAAAAAACCUCCCGACCAAAACAAUCACUUUGUUUCUGUGCUUUGAAAGUGACGACGUUGACUCAUCUCACCUCUUCUCUGUCAUACUGUGUUCUUCCUCUUCUUCAUCUCCUCUUCCUCCACUUUGACCUCUCAACUCCGUGUGAACGAGGCCCACAGAGACGAGUAUCGAUCUUUUCUGGCCAAAGAGCAAAGAAAUGUCCAGACUUGACUCGAGGCCCUGAGCUGCAGGUUUUGAGAGCUGCAGGUGGUAUUUUAAGCUAAAUGCCUGUAAAUGUUUGCACGAGUUUCGUUUAUAAAACCUGACAUUUCCCGUCUCUGGAAGUGAGAGCUCGUCUUCAGUCUUCAGCCAACAGACUAGAAUUAAAGCGGUUGUUCUCCUUGUGCCGUCAUCAAAACAAGUUCUCCCAUCACGCCGAGCUCACUCCAGUCAGCCAACCACACACCUGAGACUGAAACAGAACGACCCUCCAAGUUGUUAAAGCUCUCUGGAGACUGUGAAUGACCCCCCCCCCACCCCCCUUCCACCUGCACCAAGAGCAGAAACUUUCUCCUUUCUAACAACCAAUCACCCUCCUGCUCACCAUCUAAUCUUUGUGUCUCUGCGGGACCGGAGCCCUCCAGACCAGAACCUGUCCUCCUUCAGCUCCUUUCAAUUACCGCCCGUGUGUGUGCACGUCGCUCGGAGAAGAGCCUUCAAUUACAGCACAAAGGCAGCGGAGACCCCCCCGGUCCUCGAGGUGAAGUCGAGCUGCUUUUCUCUGGUUUCGACCCGAGCCACCGGCCGAGAGGCUUUCAAAGAUCUGUCAAUCGUUUUCUUUCUCCUGCUCCGUAGUUUUUAGACUUGAGCUGUGAAAUCCCAGAGUUCAGUUUGUAGUUAAACUUUAUGGAGAAGUCGUCCUCUGGUUUUGACACUUUGCAGAGAGGAGUUUCUGUGGAGGGCUGUGAUUUUCUUAUCCCCUGCCGGCGUCGUUAUUCCCAGAAUGCAUUUCAGCAACCUCAAGUGGAGAGUGAAGCUGCUGGAAAUUUGGAUUGUAUGAAUUUCUUGGGUGAAUUUCUCUCUGUGUAAUCAUUCAGCCCAAAACGGCAACUGAAGAAAUACUCAAUACCCGUCCUUCAAUGUUUUAGAUGUUUGAAACAAUUUCAGAUUCCUCUCAAAAUGAAAAGACGCCUGUUAAACAAACAAAACCCGACAAAAACAAGUAAAUCAUCAACCGCACUUCGGUCUGAGGGAGUUUUCUCUUUUAUUUGCCAAAUCCUCUUCUGCACGACGCUAAUAAACACAUACAAAUGUUUAUAAUGGUUGAUAAAAGCUUAAUUAAUGAAUGUAGCUGGAGUAAAAGAAAAGUGAAACUUGAAGCAGCAGAGGUGGAGAGAUGAUUAUUUUCCUGUAAAACUUCAGAACCACAGUUUGUAACUUGGACGAUAUUAAAAACUCUGGAGUUCUCCUGUCAGACUUAAAAAGACGUGAGACAACUUCUCUCUCGUGCUGAGAAAAGCAUCCGACGAGUCAACUGAACGUCGUGUGUGAAAUUGGUGUCGUGGCUUUUAACUCAUUUAUAAAACAUUAGUAAACAAUUAUCUAAUUAUCAAAAAGGCUAUAUUAACAUAUAAAUUGUACUUAUUAAAAAGUCCUAUUAGAACGUGAAACCCACCGUUCAAAUAUGUUAAAUCCUACUUCUAACUAUAACUUUAGAAAAUGGUCAGUUCACUGAGGAUGACGAUUCGAGUGGAGAACAAGCGUUACGUUGAAAAUGAAACGGUUUGAUUGCCUCAUGGGACAGAAAACACAAACCUCUGAGCAAAACACAAUGUGAAGGCUUCAGUUGUAAUGUUUCAUUUGUUUUGUUGACUCGUCCCUUGUGUUUUUCCAUCAGAGCAGAAAAACACAUGUUUGUGUUUCCGUUCCCCCGAGAAGAGAUUCCGUUGAUUCAUUUGUGUUUUCUUGUUUUGUGGAGUGGAACAGAUUCCAGCUGAAUCACUUUCUGUUGGAUUUGAUGUUUCAAGUUAGGAAAACUAAGUUUCAACUGUUUUUUGUUCUCAUUUGAAUACAGACAAGUUCUCCUGAAUCUCAUCUGCUGUUAAAGUUCAGAACAAACGUCAUCCAGCAUGUUCAUAACCGUGAUUUUGUAUUUGUCUGUUCAUCUGUGAUCAUUUACACACACACACACACACAGACACACACACAGUUUAACCCUCACACUCCCUAAAGUUUACAAGAGCUUUAUUCACAGACGUCUGGAAGAAUGAAUUGAAGAGCUUUUUGUAAAUAGUUCCUGUACAAAGAUUUGUUUCCUCGUGUAGGAGGAGAGCCUGAUGGGUAAAUGGGGGGUGGGGUGGGGGGGAUGUUGGGGUGGGGGUGAGGGGAUUCAAUUUAAAAUUUAGACCGGUAGACUCUACUUUUCUGAAUCUGACUAUUUUUCAUUUUCUAAAGCCUUUCUCUCCCAGUCGUGUUGUUGUUUUUGAGACAGAGCUUCACAAGCCAACUGCAGGAAAACUUCUUUGUACCCGUUUGCAGACGAUGUCUUUCGUUACCAUGUACAUAAUUUUAAAAUAAUAAAAAUUGCUACUUUCAGUA